CUUGCACAGAGUGUGUGUGAGUGUGUUGUUUUUUUUUUCUCGCCCCGUCUUUGCUGACAUUUCUUUGACAGCUAUCAGGAGAGGAAAAGUAAACCUACUGAUCAAACACAAUGGCGGACGAAGAGGAUCCAAAGGAAUAUCGCUGGGAGACGGGAUAUGAGAAAACAUGGGAAGCAAUCAAAGAGGACGACGAUGGGCUUAUCGAAGGAUCGGUUAGUGAUAUCAUCCAAAAGGCUAAGCGCAAGCGUCAAGCAAUGAAACGCGGCUUCAGUAAGCUUGGCAUGAUGCGCCACCUGUACGUGUUGCUCGACUGCUCCGAAGCGAUGACUGUCCCGGAUCUGAAACCAACGCGCUUUAUAUGUUCUCUAAAGCUGCUAGAACUGUUUAUCGAGGAAUUUUUCGACCAGAAUCCCAUUUCUCAGCUUGGCGUAAUUGCAAUGAAGGCAAAGCGCGCGGAAAAGAUUUCCGAACUCGGCGGUACCUCCCGGAAGCACAUUAAAGCGGUGCACGCACUAACCAAUGGCGUACCGCUGGUCGGUGAACCAUCGCUUCAAAACGGUCUGGAGCUGGCGCUGAAGACGCUACGAAUGAUUCCACAACACGCAAGCAGAGAAAUAUUAGUUAUUAUGGGAAGUUUGACCAGCUGCGAUCCGAACGAUGUCCAUCUGACGAUCGAAAAUCUUAAAACGGAAGGCGUUCGAUGCUCCGUGCUGUCUCUUUCAGCGGAAAUCCGUAUCUGCAAGUUCCUGUGCACCGAAACGGGCGGGUUGUUUGGUGCCGUGCUGGACGAUGCGCACUACAAGGAUCAGCUGCUUCAGCACAUCGAUCCACCGCAGGCCGGCAAUCAGCAGGAAUUUUCGUUGAUUAAGAUGGGUUUCCCGCACGGCAAGACGGAAUCGGGCAAGGAACCACCGUUGACGAUGUGUAUGUGCCACAUCGACAGUGCGGAUGAGCCGGCCAAACUGACCUCGGGCGGUUAUCACUGCCCCCAGUGCUACAGCAAGUAUUGUGAGCUACCGGUGGAAUGUUCAGCGUGCGGUUUAACGUUAGCCUCUGCGCCACAUUUAGCCCGCAGCUAUCAUCAUCUGUUUCCGGUGCCACAUUUUAACGAACUCCCGCUAGAGCAGGUACAGGUGCAGGAACCGCGCGACCCACCGGUGACAAACUGUUACGCCUGCCAGAAAACUCUCGCAAGCGGCACGGAUAUGGUAUACGAGUGCGAUGCCUGCAAGCAGGUGUUUUGCAUUGAUUGCGAUAUCUUCAUACACGAAACGCUGCAUUCAUGUGUAGGGUGUACGACGAUUCCGGCAUCGGCUCAAACUUUACAGGCACGAAAGCCGGUACCACCACCGCACAGUAUGUCUAUCAUAUAACGCUGUUGAAGCUACGGUAUACACGAUGAUGCAUUUGUUUGAAUCCGGCAUGCUCGAGCAUGUUGUUCAGAUGCUUAAUUGUACCAUUAAAAGUUGUCACUGGAAAAAAGGCGUUUGAAUAUAAACUUGAAAAUUGUGCUUAUUCAUUUGGAAGAAGGCU